GACAUCUGACACGGAUGCGGCAUGUGAUCACCUACAGCUUGUCGCCGUUCGAGCAGCGCGCCUUCCCGCACUACUUCACCAGGGGCAUCCCCAACAUGCUGCGCCGCACUCGGGCAUGCAUCCUUCGGGUCGCACCCCGUUCCAACAUCCCCUGUCAAGAUGUGGCACCUCAAACUCUUUGCAGUGCUCAUGACCUGCUUGCUGCUGUUGGGCCAGGUAGAUGGUUCCCCAAUACCGGCACCAAGUUCGGCAAAGAGAAGGCUGCGGAGAAUGACCCCGUUUUGGAGAGGAGUUUCCCUCAGGCCCAUUGGAGCCUCUUGCCGGGACGACUCUGAGUGCAUCGCAAGGCUCUGCAGGAAUAGACGCUGUUCCCUAAGUGUGGCCCAGGAAUGAUGUGCAUACCAGGGGAAGAUGAUAUACUCAAUGUCCAACAGUGCCCUCUUUUGUGGAAUAUUGUUUAACUAAAUUUUGGCUGGAGACAAGGGAAGCAAUCUUGUGUUUUAAUAUUUAAAGGUAGAUGUAUGCUUUCAAUUGGUCUCCAUAACUACUCAGAACACUGAUAUGUAGAUAUGCAUUAACUAAAUUUAAUGCAGGCUUUAUUUUUCUACCUAUACUAUUAAAUUCUCAAACUGAAA